UGCGGGGAGAGAAGGCGGGGUCAGCCGGGCGGUGCGGGAGCGGUGCGGGAGCGGUGCGCGGUGCGGGGCAGGACCCGCUCACCUGCCCGCAGGAGCCGCGGCGCCGCCAUGCUCCGAGCCCGCAGCGCCGGCAGCGGGAGGAGGAGGAGGGUGAUGAAGGUCAAGCGGCGCCUUCCGCUUCCCGGGCCGGGGCGGGGCGACCCCCGGGGCGGGGCGCGGAGCGAUCGCGUCCCCGCCCGCAGCGUCCCGUCUCCGGGCAACGCUGGGCCCCGCGUCCCGUCCCUCCGCCAUGUCCGUGCCCGCGGGCGCGGCCGGCGCCGGUCCCCGCACCAGCGACUAUUACCGCACCAGCGGCGGCCUGCCCGGCCGCUUCCAGCAGCCAGACCGCUUCUGCGGCUACGGGAAGCCGGAGCCUCACCCGCGGUACCGGACCACGAACCAGACGUACGGCAGCAGAGCCCCCACGGUGCACGAGGUGCCGACCUCCUUCCACAUCACCCCACAUGCCUUUACGAGGAUCCAGGGGCAGGGUGGCCCCUACAGGAACAGUGGGCUCAACAUGGCCCUGGAGAAGAGCCACGUCACCGGCCCGGACAACUUCAUCACCGCCCAUGACCACCUUGACUUCCACCCCAGCUACAACCCCAAUGGCCCGUCCCACUGUUAGAGCUGCAGCGGGAGCAACAGGGUCACUGCUGGCUGCCUAAAUAAAACCCAAACCCCCCAAAUGAGCAAACAGCACUGACCUGCCCCUCAAACUCUUGCUAAGCCUGACAGGAAGCACUACGUGGUCUGGAAAGUAAUUCACAUGGCUCACUGCUCGCAGCAGAUUAACACACACGCUUCCUGCUAUUGACCACCUAAGUCAGACCUGGUUAAGGUCUACGUAGCUUUGGGGGAAAACCAGUUUAGAAGUGUGUUAUUAAAACUGAGCCCAGGAAUUUGUUGGGAGAAACACAUGCAGCCACUUUGGUACCAGAGGGAAAUCACUACAGAAUGAGUGUUAUUAGGAACAACAAUUUAAGGUGAUUAAACAUCAGUUAAAUUGCUCAUAUGAACCAUUUACUUAGUUUAUAGGCAGCAUAAAUACCAGAACAAUAUACGUUACUUACCUAUAUUCCCCCAACCUUUUCUCUGCUACUAAUGAUCCUUUAAGCUCUUGGCUCAUGUGCCAAGUAUCAUUAAAAUUUAAGCUCUUAAA